CGUUGUCAAUGGUGUCGGAAGACUCCACCUCGAGGGUGAUGGUCUUUCCGGUAAGGGUCUUAACGAAAAUCUGCAUUUUCCUAUUAACCAUACAGGAUACAUAGGCAAGCGAAAGAAGAUGAGUACUGGAGGUGUAAAGACGAUCGCAUCCAGAGCGGUGUAUGAUGCGAUAGAUCUGCUGGUCGGUACGAUGGAAUCCUGUCCUGGAACGCUUUUCUUGCUGCUUGAAGCGCCUAUGAUGUUACUGUCGCUACUGCUGUCAUGUGGUCGUUUCCUAGAUCCUUGGCAUUGAUCACUGUAAACGCGACAGCGUCCCUUUCGAUCGUGUAUGCUAUUGAGCGUUGCAUCCAGCCAUUCCAGCGUCUCCAGCGAUCUCGUCUCCAACACUGGACUCCAACGAUUCAAUCGCGACCAAGUAUCCUGAAGCCGCAUAAUGAUGCAAUUUGCAUAAAUCGAUUGGCGCUGUUGUCGGAUGGAUGCUUCCCCCCGAUCGAUUGAUUCCGCAUGGAUGUAUCUCUAUGCACCUUUUUUUCGUACA